CCACUUCGUCUUCCCUCGGAUCAUGCGAUCAGCUCGUGCCUUCUUCUCUUCCAUCUCUGUUAACAUCAGUCUAUCCACCGAUACAUUACUCCAUCAUGCAUCAAUAACUCGUCUUCCAGAAGGGGUUAAAAGUUGAGCUCUUCAUUCAGUCAGUUCUCCUGAGACCUUUUCUACUGAUGAUGAUGUGGGCCUCUGUCAGUUCAGAAUUUCUCACAUUCAGACCCUACGAACAAGAAAGAGAUCAGAGAGGCAUCUCCAUCUCCGGCCUCUCAUUUUCAUUUGCAGUCUAGAGGAUGGGAUAUGGUUCGACGAGCAUGGCCAUAACCCGUCGUUUCUUGGCAGAUAUUUGCCGUGGACUGACUCGAUCAGUUGCAACUGAACGUAGCUGUCAAUCUAACCCUCCCCUCCCACCUCCCUCCCCUGCUCACACGCGCCUCCCCUCCUUCCCCUCAUCACGCGCAGGCAGCCGUAUCGAACUGGCGUCAGUCAGCUAGAUCUCCUCCUUACAGCUGGCCCAUGGCUGGAGGGAAUUCCACCAUAGACUGCUCCUACGAUGCACUGGAGCAAUGCUCCUCUAUGAUUACAUGCGAUGCCUCCUCAUGGGACAAGAGCUUUGGAGAGAAGAUAUGGCUUAUGAACUCACUCCAGCUCAUCAGUGCCGUCCUGGCUGGAGUCAUAGUCGGGAUAGGCAUCUACGGCCAGCGCUACCGCCACCACCGCUUCACCAGGUUUAUCUUCCUCGGAGCCACGACCCUGUUCUUGCCUGUCGUCUCCACUGUUGUCUCCAUGGGCGCCGGGAACAGUAACCACAGCAUAGUCAGGGGUGACAUUCGGUUUAUUGCAGAGUGCCAACCAAGAGCACAGUCGAUCCUGAUUGUAAUAUGGGCAUCCCUUGUUCAGAUCAUCAUGAUCAAUACCAGUGCAGUAGUUGCUGUCGAUGAUAGAGAAGGUGGAAACGUAGGUCCUCCAUUUGAGCUGCUUGUUCAGGGUGUCUGGAUCUUUUACCUUGGUAUCAGCAAUGUCAUUCCCGCCGCUCGCACAAAUGACAUCACGGUACUAAUUAUUGGUGCCUUUGAAGCCACACCUUUUGCUCUCACGUUUGCCAAAAUGGUAUUGAAAUAUUAUGCAUAUGAAAAGGCGCGACAAUCCUUUGGUCUCGGACGCAAUCCCCAUCUUAUUUUUGGAUACAUGAAGCAACAAUCGUUACAAGAAACAAGUCACGAUGGUGAACCAAUGGUAGCUGAGGAUGCACCUCCCCCGCUGCUGGUUAUGGGAGAAGAGAAAAGACACGUGGAGAAGCAGCCUCUUGGGUAUGUGUUCAAGGAUGACUCAUGGACAACUUCGCAUAAUAAUGGCCUGGUGACUAUUGAUAGAGUUUGGAGGAUGGAUAACGUGCUUCCAACAUCAACACUGAAACCAAAAAGACUUAUGCUUGUCAUUUGCACUGUUCAAGUUGUUGCGGUGCCGAUUUGCAAGGUACAAGGUCAGAACUGCUGCCUCUAAGGGCACCUUCAGUUUUUUCUGGAGCUUAUUGCUGAAGGAUGGCGAACAUGAUAGGGUGUUUUUGGUCAUUUCGGAUGAGCUUUCUUUCCUUCAUGAUUAUUAUUAUUCAUCCCUCCCGAUCUCCUAUUCCAAGUAUUGGUUGCCCGUUGCCGGUAUCUUGAUCUCACUACUGAGCAUAGCUUACUGUUGUGUAUUGAUGAUCGCAGUAACGCUUGUGGAAGUCCUGUCGUUGCUGGAUGAUUCAGCCAGCGGACCUCAGAUUGAGUGCACUGUUUUUUGCAUUCGAGGACCUCUGAUGAGCAAGCCCAUGGAUACAGAAUAUGGGAACUACAACUUCGAUCUGGUGCCAUUAAUUUUGCUUUCGGUGUUAGUCAUGAUGUCUGAGGUGAGGGACAUAGCUACCUACAUCUACUCCAACUGGACUAAAGUUGCCGUCACCUGCCACCUUGUAAACCAUGCCUCUUCACAGCAUUCACUUCUCAAGAAGAAAUGGAUUGGCCUUCUGCUGCGUUGUCGAUGCAAGCUGAUGAAGCAUUGGGAUGAGAAAAUAGGUCAGUGCACUAUGCUGGAGAUUUGCCCGAGAACAACCGUGCCUGUACUUCUCAGGCGUCUCCUCAACUUACCAGACCACAAGAGGAAGGUCAAUGUGCCUGCAGCAGUGAAGGUUUGCAUCAUGGAAGUUGUAAGAAGCACUAGAAAUAGAGACCUUAGCAAUGGCACAGCAUCUCUCCGCUGCCGGGGCCAAGUUGGUGAAAGGCUCCUCUGGGCUUGCAACAACAAGAGUGUGUCUUAUACCAUACUGACAUGGCACAUCGCCACAAUAAUCCUCGAGGUCAGGUACCCACACCGGCUUGAUCAACAACAAGGUUCCUCUUCUCCAAUUCCGAACACGGAUUAUAAGAUCGUUGCCACUCACCUAUCAAGGUACUGUGCUUACCUUGUGACAUGGUGCCCUGAGUUACUCCCUGAUGAUGAUGCAUGGAGCAGGAGCCUGUACGAGGAUGUCAAGAAGGAUGUUGAGCGUGUACUUGCCGGCUGCACAGCAGGAGACUCACUGACGCCAGAAGCAAAUUGCCAACAGCUGAUCGAAGUGCUGAGUGCAGAUGCGAAGCAUGAAGUGCUCAAGGAAGGCGCUAGGCUUGGAAAGCAGUUGUUGGCGCUGGUGGUCGAAGGUGAGGACGAUACGGCGUUGUGGAAGUUACUGGCUGAAUUUUGGUCGGAGAUGAUCGUGUAUGUCGCGCCAUCCGACAACCAAAAAGGUCAUUCGGAGGCCAUCGCCAGGGGUGGCGAGCUGAUAACUCUGCUCUGGGUGUUGCUCUUCCAUGCUGGGAUCCUCAGUAGGCCAGGUGAGGACGACGGCGUUGCUCCUACUUCUGUUGGCGUGGUUUAGUAGAGCCUCCUAUGUUUGGAACUACUGUUUCCUCCUUGUUUCGGAUUCUUCAUCGUGGUGCGUUGUCUGCAGUUGUUUGUGUAUGUUGAGUUCAUUUCAUAUACCAGAAUUUGUUAACUUGCGGCAGCAUGUGACUCCAUCUUGGUAAUCAGAUCAUCAAUUGUAACAAGUCUAUUUAGAGGUCCUAUAAUAUUGUCGAGACUCGAUAUUCA